AUGGAGACUCCGACACUUCUGACGGCGAUGUCGAGCGACGAGGACAACAAAUCUGAUGACAGUGGGAUUAUGGUGCGUUUGGUUGAAAAGGGAAAGGGUACAAGGGAUUUGAUGAGGAGGGCAUGAAAAUGGAGUCCAUUUUCGGCGAACUGACCGGCCGUUUUUGGUUUCACCUGCUAGUGAUUGCGUUUCUCAACAAAAAAAAAUCUUGUAGGAACUAGACACGUCAUCCACAACACCGACUACCCCGCCACGCACCCGUACCACGUGUGAAACCCGAAAUCGAAACCGCCGUCGCAUGGAGAGCGUUUUUCCGCUUCAGGCGAACUACAAUCAUGAUGCGUGUCGUACAGUUCGCAAAAUCGUGAAGGUUGGUGAAUCUGAAUUCAUAGAACCCGCGGAGGUGUUUGUCGUACAAAACAUAUAGUCAGAAGAGAAGGAAUGUAGGCAAUUAGCGGCAAGUGGCGGGAAAAAAAGAGUGCAUACAAUUGUUGUUGGUAGAUCAGAACGAUCAUUUUGAUCAGAUCACAAACCACUUCUUUUGCUUCCCUUCCCGAGUAUCAUAUCAUUCACAUUCACAAUCUCUUUUCUUCGUUUCUUUUCACAUUUUUUUCUUUGACAAAUCACCGGAUCACCACUGAAUAUCCCUAUCUUUUUUUCUGUCUUUUGACUGACUGCAGAACCAGAAAACAGUCCUUUUAGUGAUCGUGCCAGAAAAAACAGAGAAAAAAGAAAAACAACUUGAUUAGCAAUCGUUUCGUGUACGCCAUUGUUCAGAGACCGUGUGAUGACGCUAUUAAAAUCAGUCAGACUUGUCGAAUUUUAGUACUAAAACCCUGCGACAAGUUAGGUAAAACGUCUCCUCUUUUGCAAAAUCAAAAUCACAUUGAACGUUUGAUACCAUACCGAUCGCUGACGAUCUGUUGACGUUGAAAUUUCAAUUCCAAGUCCAAUUGCCCGAUUUCUCAUUCCUUCCACGUGGUCAUCUGCCCCUUAGCCCCAAGGUCACGUUGUAACAUUCCUAAAUGGUAGUCGCCAAUGUCGUCGUCGUCGUCGUCGAAAUGUUCGUUUCAAGACCCAGACCCCAAUCAGCAAUUCAUCGUCGUGCGCGAGACAAAUUAGUCCUUGAACAAGUGUUGGAAUGGCUGGAGAAGAAGACGCGUUGCAUUGCGUUGCGUUGCAAAAAGUGACCCCAUUGCCACCACUUUUUCUGGCCCCUCUCUCUCUUGUCCUUCCUCCUUUUUUUUCUGGUUCCUUACGUUCCGAGAGCGGUUUGACGUGUUUCGUUUCGUUUCGUUUCGUUUCGUUUCGUACAAUAUGAAUUGAUGAAGAAGACGUUACGACAAUCGGAUCGGCCAUGGGGGGCUGAAACGGAAAUGAAAUGAAAAGUGUGAUGAAAAGAAAAGACAAAUGAGUCAUGAUUGGCCUUCUCUUCCCGCCCUGCAGCACAGCUUUUGUGUGGUCGGUGCACUUCCUUUUCAGUCGGUUGAAGACAUUUUCUAGUUCCACAAGUCGAUCUCUGAGCUUUGCGAACACCCUCACAUUUCCAGAAAAACAUCUCAUACAUAUCAUGUUGUUGCUUCUUUCUUUCUUUGCCUCCCGCUCCCGUUUCGGCGUGACUGGUGCCGUUGUGCAAAACGGCUUCCAUCUCAAAAAUUUAUGGAACAUUCCGAUGUUCUGGUAGCACUAAAACGAUCGCAUAAAAAAGUGCACCCACUCACUCGGUACCUCUUUUUUCUAUCCUUUCAUCUCGCCCCAUCCCGCUUUCGCAUUGAAGCCUAUUUUUAGUCGUUCUGUGUUUCGCUUCGCCAUUUGCAAACAAUGGCUUAGGCGCGGUUUGUAUGAAACCACUGGUGACCCCCACGCAGCAGUUGCACAGUUGUUGGCUCACUGGCAUUUUUAAACAAAUUUGUCCAUGAAAACUGUUUGGAUUGGGUAGAUGAAUUGGGGGGAGGAAGGAGUAUCGCCACCCUUUUUCAUGUGCAAAAAGUUUCGGAACUUUUUGACUACUUCCGUUAAAUCAGUUUUACUGAAUCAACUGAUCUGAUUUCUUCAAUCAUUUCACAAAAAAAGUGCCUUUGGAUAGUAACAAUGGGAAAAACUCUUUGACUAUCCGGUCAGACUCCAAAAAUCAUGAUUCCUGGCGUGUGUGUCCAACUUUUCCGUGUCAGAGCCAAGAACUGAACGUUAAUCUUCUAGUUCCGUGUAAAUCUCUAUAGUUUCUCCGAAAAGGACACGUUUUCUCAUAAACGAGGCCCAUAAGACACCCUUUUAUUCCCUUAUCUCAAAAGAUUCGAAACAGAAUCUGAAACACAUUUCUCCGCUUUUCCAAGAAACUUGUGAUCAUUGGAAUGAAAUAGGAAAAAAGAACAGCAGAUUAUUAUGAGACGUGCGAAUCUGGAAGACCGCACACUUCCUCACAAUUUUCAACACAUAUGUAAUGAGCCUGAAAAGUACCGAGUUUGAGCAUACUUAGUUUGAGGUGAACUAUGUACAGUUCUGAUAGCUUCUUCUACAAUUAUUGUAGGUUUGCCAUAUGAAUCAUUCGUAAUGGUGCGUGUGCGUGUGUGUACGAACACAAAAACCGCUAAUGUCAUCUGAUGCACAUACAUUUUGAAGACGAAGGGCUCUCCGCUCCGCCCAGGGCUCAUCUUCACAAAAAGCACAUUAUUAGUGGGGUGUCCCGUCCGUUCAGAGCCGCCCGGCUCUCUCAAAUCUCAUUCGCACUUUGCCCCCCUGCCUCUACCCCUGCUCGCCCAUUUAAUGAACCUCUUUGCUUUUCUUUUUUUUUCCAUCGAUCCUUGAGAAAAAGAUGGAUAUUGAAAUGGAGGGAGAGAAUGACGAUUUUUCAUAGUCUAUGGUUACUAGGCGCUUCCCGAAUGGCAGAUGCAAAUUUUUUCGGAGCAAAGCUUUCGAACUCCCACUGAAUUUCCGUCAAAGGAAAUUGAAGCAUUCCAACUCGAAACUUCCCCCUCACUUGCAGAGACACUUAGUUUUUUCUUCUUCCUUUUGCGUACAUUCCUAGGUUUACGUGGCAAUUUGGGUCUCAACGCCGUCAGCAGACUAUCAUUUUGUGAUCACUCGUCAUCUGACGUAAUAGUUCCAAAUUCUUCCCUUUCUCCAAAGGGCCUUGUGGCGGUUGUCAUCAGCACCGUAAAAAGUCGGAGACCGUGGCGUGAGCGUGUUGUGUGUUCUAAAUAAUGACAGCCUCGAAUGUUCUAUCCCUCGAGAUGAUGAUCAGAAACACGAGACCUUCUUGGGUCGUUAAGAAAAGGGCAAUAGCCAUAAAACAAAGCGUCCCCAGCACUCAGCACGCUAUCGUCAACCUAUAAUUUUUUUUGAACAGUCGUCAAACAGCCACACAUCGAUUUACCACACAAUUUUAUAUGCUUCUUCUUCUUCUUCUUCCUCUUCUUUUUAUUUUGUUUCUUCAUCUCCAGUUUUUACCACCUAGUUCUAGCCGAAAUGGUUCUACAGAACGUCAUAAAAUAGGCCUGAUCGGUGACUGGAGGAGACAGUGAGAUAACCCUCACCGAAACGUCAUAAAAUGGAAGGAAGUGGUGGGGGCUGGAAGUCGGCCGAAUUCCACCUGCACGUGGCGCGGUUUUUCAUUGUCCGAAUAAACUGACUUUUCCUCCUCCUCCUUUUUGCCUAUUUAAAAAGGCGUAGCGAGGACUGAUGUUCUCAUUUUCGCUCAUUCCUAUCUUCUGUUCUCACUUUGUACUCAUCGGGCCAUCACAACAACAACUGAUAAUGUUUCUCUUCAGAAAGCAGUCAAAACACGUCAAAGGAUGGACGCCAAGAAAAACCGUAACAAGAACUUCAACGAUUUGCUCGAGCAACUAUGCCAGGAGCCACAAGACAAUCAGAAUCAGGACGCGAAGAGAGAGGGCUACGAGGAGCCGCCACCAAGACCGCCAACUCGCCGAUGGUAAGAGAUUUUCAUAAAGAGGGAAAGGGAGUUGGUUGAAUGCAUGUUCAAUCCAUCCAAAGAUUCGAGAGGGUAGAACAUUUAGGAUUCGGGAUGGAAGAAAUCGAUAAACGUGUUUUGACCAACAUCAAUUUCUUUUUCAAUCUGUUUCGAGGAACUUUAUCUAAAGGAGUCCCGUCUACGCUCCACAAAAAAUUUUUGUGACUUGAAUUUCUUCCAGUUAGUGUUGGUCUUAUACCUCGCCAAUUUCGCCUACACACUUUAAGUAUCUUGGGCACAAGACGAGCUAAUCCAAAAAUAGCAGUUCUUUGGACUCCGCCCCAGAUGUGUCGGGACCAGGUUGUCUGAUUGGAAUAAUGACAAAGCCUGCAAAGUUUGGGACCUCAAACCGUCGGAAAAGUCUGGCCCACUUUUUUGAUUGAUCAGUAGUAGUGGUGUUAGAUGUCAAAAGUCUCAAACAUUAGUGGUCAAUUACAUACGAUCACGUUGAGGGGAACUAUGAAACAACGUUUUUUAAAAGUACAUACAACAACUUGUUAUUUCAGCAUGUUCUACCGCGAGGACAGCCACAACGUCCCGGAACGCAAGGCCCUUCGAACCAUGCACGGCUAA